UACUGUAAACAUACGAACUAAAAAUAAACCUCUCUCUUCGGAUUCUGUGUUUCUUGGAAAUAUUCCUAAAUUUUUUGUAUCAUUGUAUAAACAAAUCAUUCUCGAAAUGAUCUAGAGCGGUCGUUUCACUGUAAUGACUUGUGCCACAAGUCUUAUGGUUCAGUGAUCACGUUGCACACUCAACAUAACCGUUUAUGUUAUUUUAUUCCAUUAGUAAUCGUUGUAUUGGCAUCAACAAUGUAAUGCAAUAAAAAGAAAUAGAUAUUUCUGUGUUGAACUGAAUUUUUAAUUUUGAACACACGAAAUUCUAAUAAGCUUAGAAGCUUAGACAAACAUAUGUUCCGGCGCCGAUAAAGAGAUCGUUCACUUUGAAAUAAUUUCGGUUUUUUCUUAUGCGUUCUUUUUUGUCUGUGUGAUUUUCGAAGGCGUUCCAUUGAGUUGUUUGGAACUUGACAACAAAUGUAUCUGUGGUACUCAGGCGUUAAAAAGUAGUUUGGAAUUGCAUAUGCUGACGCAUUGUAUAAUUACUUCUAUGGUGAUAUAUUUUCACCAAUUUGUACCAUUCCACCUCUAUUCCGGGCAAAUAUAAUUGUUUCUUGUUCGCAAAACUUUGCAUGUUUUACUUUCAUUUGGCAUGUGGUUGGCAUUUUGGUCGUAGUUUUUUUUCUACGUGUGUGCAGUGUGCAGUAUACAACUGCAUAAUGUAAUUCACUUGCAUGUGUUUUCACAUCACUCGACCAACGAAAAAAAAAUCCAAUAAAAUGGUUUGCAUGCAAAUUAGAACAGCAAUUGCAUUGAAGCAUUAGCGUUCAAUGAGGGAGAGCGACGGGCACUUUGCUUUUGUAUGCUAUAUGGUAUGUACGGAGCAACGCAUGGGAAGCCAUAUCUCUGUUUAUACACAAUACACAGAGGCCAUGACAUUGUGGCUCUGGAUUUAUUAUUCUUCGUUCGCGUAAGACAGAAAAAACUCAGUGAGCGGUGAAACAGUUUCUUGAUUGUUUCACCGUCGAACAUUUGAAAAUCACCUUUCUUUUGGAGUUUUUAUUUCCCAUUGGACUUGCUUUUUUUCGGUGAUAGUUUUAUUCCCAAGAUGAUUUUACUGCAGUUUUAAACUGUAUAACAUUCACCAGAACUAUACUUUUUAACUUUAAUUUAAGAAUUGAAAUGAAAAUUUCGUAACGAGCAAAUCAUGAAAUGCACCGGAAAAAACAAACUUUCUAUUGCACUGAAAGCCAGAAGUGAACUGCGAUUAAAUUUUGAAAAUGUAUGAAAACAAGGAAAUUUGAAACAAAGCAAUUGGUGCUUCAAUUUCCCAGCUCGAUUUGAUACGAACGACUGAAUCAAACAUGAAACUAAUUGAUAAUGAUUGACAAUGAUGAGGAAUUGCGUGAGUGCGAAAGCAUUUCGACUUCAGUUUUUUGCUUAUUAAUUAAAUUGCAGUUUAAUCGAUCUAUUUUUCACUUGAAGAAAGCCGAAACAAGUGAUUACUCAAUUUUAUGAUUGAGUUUAUGGUCGAGUUUGUAUCGACUGUUUUGAGUUGAACACCCAUCAAAUGUAAUAAAAUAUCGGAGGAAUAACGAAAAAUUGUUAUUGCGUCUAGAAAUGUGAGACAGUUGUUAUUAUAACGCUGUUUUGAUAAUAAUGACAUGGAUAUUUUGACUUUUGAAAAUCACCUUCCACACAACAAUUUCUGUGUACUUACAUUCAACGGGCUAACGAAUUAACCAUAAACACUUGGAAAAGAAACCAAUAAAUUCACAAAAAAACCUUAUCCAAAGCUAUUUUAUCACUUGAAGCAGAGAAUUUCGCUUUUGGUUUUCAUUCAACACAAAUUUUGUCAACGUCGUGUCACUGUGUUUUUCACUGCAACUGAAUGUCACGGAAGAAAACUAUGUUUUUACUCAAUAAAAAAAAUAGGAGCAUUCGCAAGUGGCAUGAGAUUUUAUAUGAGAUUAUGUGACGCAGAGACUGGCAUUUGUCACAGGAAUAGUGUUUGCCUGCACCCUGUGCAAUCGAAUCGCACAGUCGACCACAUGAAUGUAAAGUCGACCAUAGUCGACGUAUACGACAGACGAGGGAGAAAAAAAAAUGAUGGCAAAAAAAAAAGUUUCAGUCAUGCGCUAUCGAAUUGCUUUGAAACAAUUGUCAAAUGUAUGGAAUUCACACAGCACUCUUCGACAACACGCAAUUCCGUUAGAUUUUCUUCACACUUUUGAUGAAAAUGAUUUAAUUUGGAUCAAACUAUUUUUUUUCUCUACACAAACACUGAUACGAUCCGAGUGUAUGUAUUCGUCCGAAUAUAUUUGCUAUUGGAAAACAUAGAUUUUUUUCGUAAACGAAAAAAAAAACUUACUACAAAAUCAUUGGCAUUAAUCUCCUUCAAAACCGAUCGAAUCGGCGUCUUCUGUGGCGUUGAAAAUUGAUCCAUGAUUUUCACUAUGCGGCUUCUUCGAUGCACUGUCGCUUCUUCUCUCUCUAUAUUCACUUCAAUCAACACAAGUUCUUCGCAAAACAAUUUUUUCCUUAAAAAAUUCGUAUUCCUUAUGAUUUAUUUAGUUCUUUUUUCACUUUCAAAUCAAUAUUCUUCACUGGUUUUACAAUGUCAAUAAAAAAAACUCCAUGAAUUUGUUACAAAAAUAAAAAAAUAUGUAUGCAAAAUAUUAGACCAAAUGUAAAAAAAUGAUGUACGAUGAGGACGACAAUGAUGAGAAUGAAUGAUAUGUGGUGUUGACACAAAAAUCCGUUGUCGAUGUUCGAUUUGAAAGCGACAUUUAGGAUAGUACGUUCAAUGCCGUGCAAAGUGGUUUCCAUCCGAACGAUGUGAAGUUGAAGCGUUCGCAUUCAACACAUCGGAUAUUUGACACUUGACAAUUUGAACGGUUUGCGGAAACAACACAAACAGAUGAAAUGGAGAACAUUUAUCGAAUAAAAUGUGGUGAAUUGAUCAAUAUUCGUGCCAAAUUUACUGAGUUCAAGAACGAAUUGUGUCCCACAAGUGUUGCACACCUACCGCAAACAUACGAAGAUGUAAAGGAACUUUUGGAUAUACGAAGCGGUGCCGAAGAGGAACUGCUAGAGGAUUCAAUAUCACUGAAUAAUUUGGCUCAACCAGAUGAUAUUCCAAUAUUUGACGUGAACCUACAUGAUCUACAUGCGAAACCAGGCCAGAAAUCGAUUGAAAUACCGAAGAAAGCGAUGCGAUUGCGUUGUAUGCGGCACCGAGUCGAAGAGAAUUCGGUACGGUACCACACAAAUAUACCAAGAAAGUAUAAUCGCUAUCGAUACAUCGAGCACAAAAUAGAUAACACAGAUGAGUCAUGCGAUUUGGUGCCAUUGGAAGAGAUUUUGAUCACAGUACGAGUUUAUGAGCCAUUUGUAUACAAACGAGGUGAAGGUACAGCACGUAAACCACGCUUAAGCCAGGAAUUUGUUGUGCUGGGUCGACAAGAGUUGACCGAAUUACGAGAUAAAAUCUAUUGCCACUGUCAGUUUGGACCAUUCAAAGACAUCAGCAACGAUUUUGAGAGCAUUAAGAACCAAGAAACUGAGCCACCUGAAGAGACGAACACAAACAGAGAAGAUGAUUUCGGAUUUUUCUUCAUCGCUGACACAUUUUACAAUGAUGAUCGCACGACAAAAACCGAUUAUACGAAAGAAAUCCGUGAAUGGAUGUCACGACGGGAUGACAUUGGACCAGCACAAGUGAAAUCGAUGCAGAAUGUGAAGUUUGAAGAUCUCAAUGUACGCGUUGGAUACCCACAACUCUAUCGACACUAUGUGAAUUGUGAGCACAUCAUCAGUUUCACCGAUAUUCGACUAUUGGCCCCAGACGAUUCCCUGAAAUCGACCGAUUAUCCGCUAUUGCGUUGCGUGUCCAGCUCCAAAAUGACAUUAUGCCAGGUGUGUGGAAUCAUUGAGGCUACGUUUACCGUGAAGAAAAGCAACGCCCACAUUCAAGAUCCAGUUUUUCUAUGCCGAAAUUGUCUUAUUUCAUUUCAUUAUAUUGAUGGGAAAAAAGUCGGCAAUUUUCAGGCCUUUCGUUACUAUGGAAAUCGACCAAUUAUACAUUGAAAUAAAUUAUAGCAAUCGAAUUAAACACUAAACGAAUAUUUCAAA